AUGGCCCUUUUAGACGAGGACGAAAUCCAAGCGGUAUCGUCACAGGACGAGAUUCUCACGCACCAGACAGCUGCAGGUCCUAAGCGGAGGGUCUAUUGGAGUCGUGAUCACUACGUCGGUGCGCUGCUACUCAAUGUGGCUGCAUUCAUUCUUCCAGCGCUCUACAGCACACUCUCCAAACUGUGGGUUGCGCGCAUUGACUCUUCGCUCGUUGUGACGACAGAUGUCUACACAUACAUUGGCGUCGUGGCCGAGGUGCUGAACGAGGGCCUUCCACGUGUAUCGUGGGUCAUCAUCGGCGAUAAGGCGUCUCGGCCGCUGGCUCAGCGACUCAGUCUCGCCUACACGAUGAUCCUCUUCCAGUCGGUGCUGGGCCUGAUCAUGAGCAUCGCCUUUUAUGCCGGCGCGGUGACAUUUGCAAAGGGUUUUGUCCCGGUCGAAGUGCGUGUGGCGAGCCUGACCUAUGUGCGGAUCAGCGCCUUCUCAGCCCUGAGCUCGGCCAUUGAGGCAGCCGUGGCUGCUGCGACGAGAGCACUCGACAAGCCCGAUGUGCCGCUGCUGAUCAGCGUAGCCAAGUUUUCCAUCAACAUCGUGCUGGACCUGCUGAUCAUCUCGCACGUCCACGUGGGUCGGCAGAAGCCGACGAUCAACAUGCAGGCCGGCAUCCAGCUGGCCUGCAACAUGACCUCGGCCUUUGUCGGACUGGGCUUUUUUCUGUGGACCACAGGUCUGACAUCGCUCCGACGUGGUCACAAGCGCGCGCCGUCACACGACGGUAGAGGCCCAGCGGACAUUGCCCGGGCAGAAAUCGGAAGAGAGAGCGAACAUGACCGCGUCCGCCCGAGUCUACGUGCCUUGGGCGUGCUCCUGCGACCAGGCAUCGUCACGCUGGCCGAGUCGGCCGUCCGCAACGUGCUCUACCUCUGGCUGGUCUCUACAAUCGUGGCCCUGGGGCAGACGUAUGCGACGGCCUGGACAAUCUUCAACACGAUCCGCUGGGGGCUGGUGAUGGUGCCCGUGCAGGCUCUGGAGGCGACAAGCCUCACCUUUAUCGGGCACCGCUGGGGGUCGUGGCGCCAUGAAAUUGGCAAGACGGUGCGUCGGCCUGGGCGCGUGGCGUUCCGCACUCUCCUUCGCAUCUCUCAGCCGGUCUUGCUUUCCCUUGUCAUCGCCUUGAUUGUAGAGGUUCCGCUGGCCAUUUUCCUCUCAACCUGGGGCGCUCGUUCGUUUGCCUUCUAUCUCAGCGAGUCGGCAGAAGUGGCCAAAGUGACGGCACACAUGUGGCGAACCAUCGAUUGGUGCUACAUCUUUUACGCUGCCUCGACCCAGCUGGCGACAAUUCUGCUCGCUACACGGCCUAGGUGGUAUCUUUACCAGAGCCUGGCCAGCAAUCUGCUAUACGUCCUGCCCUGGGCCAUCGCCUGUCAGGUCAUCAAUCUGACGGAUAAUGCGUGGAUGUAUCAUAGUGUCGUUUUCGGUGGGAGCUUGGUGUUUAGCUUUAUCGAUAUUGUCAUCGUGGAUGGGCUCUGGGUCUGGCUGCUGAUGAAGGGGAGGAUGAGGCUGGAGGCAUUCCACGAAAACUGA